CCUUACGAUUUUGGAAAUUCCAAAAUGCUUUUAUCAAAGGUUUGAAGAUUAUUUGAAAAGGAAUGAAAAAAUUGCUGUAAUUGUGGUCCGUGUUGACACCAGUAGGUAUAUAAUAUUGUCUCGUGUGGAAUUUGGAAGCGAAUGCCGAAACAUGAGCUUUGCAGGCAGAUUGAAACAUUUCAUACUUCUAUAUCAGACAAUUGGUAACCAGAAAACAACACUACCUCAUCUUUCUCAGCAGAUCGACGUCCUCGCUGGUGAAUUAUUAACCGGCGAUGACCAGACGACUAAUGAUACUUACCUCCUGUAUAAUUUAAACCCCGAAAAUCCAAUUGAAUUGCAGUGUGAAGCCAGCCAUGUGACAUUACUGUCCCAGGAUGAGUUUCAUUUACUUCUCCCAAUUGCUGCUUGUUCUGAGCGGCUCAAAGUGUUCCGGAAUUGGCUCGAUGAAGGCAAGUCAUUAAAAAUAGGGGACACGGUGACCCUGUAUCUGAUGAAGCAUGAAGUGAAUGGAAAGUUGCGGUUUAAAGGACGCACAGAAGAUCAACCAGGCACUUUGUUUGGGGUUGAAUUAAAUUCUCCGCUAGGCCAUAAUGAUAUCAGCAACAGCAACCGAUAUUUCAACACGGAGCGUCCUAACACUGCCAUCAUUGUGCCUCUCAACAAAAUACGGAAAUACAACCUGCCUCUGCAGAUCGGAGACCGGGUGGUGUGGAUAAGAGAUGAAGGAAGUGAAAAGGCCACUGUCCGAUGGAUUGGGAAUUUGGACAACAACCCUGAGAUCACUGUCGGGGUUGAAUUUGACAACCCAUGUGGAACUGGUACAGGGCUAUACAACAAAGAAAGACUAUUUAAAACAAAACCAGGCCAUGCAUCACUCCUACCAAUGAAUGGCCUUCUGAAGGAAUCGGUGCUUAUGGAACAAACUGAUGCACUGGAGCCAUCAGUAUAUGAAGAAGCUGAGUAUUCAAACACCUUUGUCGACAUUCAUAAUAGAUCACCUAUUAAUGUUCCUGUUGCUCCCUAUGAUGAUAUCGAGAAUUUACCGAAACCUGAGAAAAAAGAGAAAGUCAUAGGUACGGCCUCGAAAUAUGGAAGACCUCAGCAACAAAGUCCUUCAGGCUCCUCUGACGUUAAUAUUCCAACAGCAACGGUUGUUCCUUUCUCAGACAAAAAAGAGAUCGACCAUACUCUGGAAAUAGGAUCCAUGGUUGAGAUCCCUUACAAGGACCAGCUAAUGUAUGGUGUUAUCCGAUGGAUUGGAGAUGAUGAAAAGCUAGGAAAGAUUGUAGGCCUGGAGAUGGAUGAAGAGGCUGCCCACUGCAGCAACGGUUAUUUCCAAAACAUUAAGCGCUUCAACUGUCCUCCGCGCAAAGGUUUCUUUAUUGGGCUCCAUAAAUGUAAACGAGAUCGCAGGUUUGACGAGAAAGAGAAGAUUCGCGAGUCAAUGCGGUUUGGUGGGCAGUCAACGCCAGACAUCAAGGAAAUUGUUGCUCCACCAUACAAGUUUGAUGUUGAGAAAAUCUGCGGCAAAAACAAGGGCAUCCAGGGUCACCACAACUCCUGUUACCUCGACGUGAUGCUCUUCAGUGUGUUCUACUUCACCACGGUGCUUGACAGCAUUUUUUAUCGCAAGAAAACUACUCAUGACAUUGAGGAAUAUGAUACAGUGAGACAGGCGCUGGCUGAAGGCAUCGUCUACCCCCUGAGACAGUUUCACUAUGUAAGGGCAGAUAAAGUCAUGAAGCUCCGAUCUCUGCUAGACAAAGUUGGAAACAUGCCUGGCAUGAUGGAUGAAGAAAAAGACCCAGAGGAACUUUUGAACUGCCUUUUUGGUCACGUCAUGAAGGCAGACCCUCUACUGCAGUUAAGUUCCUUACAACAGACAUUUUCAUACCAGCUUUUUAUUGAAAGAGACGAAAACCUGGAAUUACCUACAAUUCAGCAGCUGUUUGAAAUGUCCUUCUUGGAGUCCAAUAUCAAGUUAUCAAAGGUGCCAUCUUGUUUGAUUCUUCAGAUGCCGAGAUUUGGCAAAGACUAUAAGAUGUACAAAAAAAUUGUUCCCAGUCUACAGUUGGAUGUAACAAAUGUCUUAGAAAAAGGUCCACGGGAAUGUGUUAUAUGUGGUAAACUAGCGACUAAGGAGUGUAAAGAAUGUUACAAAGUACACGGAGAAGACCUCUAUACAAUAGCUUUCUGUGACACCUGUGACGAAUUGAACCACAAACAGAAGCGCAGAGAACACAAAAGGACCAAAUUAAAAGAACACAGAUACUUCAGCGAACACACCCACAGCCAACAGACCCCGAUCAUACCCCGCGAGAAGAUGGAGCUGUUUGCUGUCAUCUGCAUUGAGACUAGUCAUUACGUAUCGUUCGUUAAAAACAAUAACGAGGGAAAGGAACCGAAAUGGGUCUUUUAUGAUUCCAUGGCAGACAGAGAAGGUUGUAAUGAAGGCUACAACAUUCCAGAGGUCCGUUACUGCCCCAACCUGCAGAAGUGGAUCACCACCAGUGACCUUGACUACGUGGAUCCAGACCAGCCGGAACUGCAGCGUCGCCUCUUCUCCGACAGCUACAUGUGUCUCUACCAAAACACACAGGCUAUGAUGUUCCAGUGAGCAGUCACGCUCGACUGAACACUCACCUGCUGACGUUCCCCACAGUCACACUGAACCGUUUCAUAGAACAUUUGAUACUGCUACUACUAUUUAUGUCGUUAUUAUUAUUAUUAUUAUUAUUAUUAUUAUUAUUAUUAAGGUGGUAAGCUGGCAGAAUCAUUAGCAUGCUGGGCGAAAUGCUUAG